AUGAAGAGGCAGACUCCAGAAACAAUCAAAGCAUCAAAAUCAAAUAGUUCUAUUAACUCUUUUUUUUAUUUUACAGUUGAGAAAAUCGAUUUUACCAAUCCCAGACAAACGCUAUUUUAUAAGGCACAAUUAGCUCAUCGAAUAGCUAAUAAGUGA